AAGAUGGCUGUCAUCUCUGCACGUUGUUUGAGGUCUUUGGUCAAAGCUUCGUCUAAUAUAAGCAGAACAGCUGUGUCAACCAAUGGAUUAGUAAAAUCUAGGACUUUGUCUUCGUUAGUUUUAAAAGCUACACCAGUAUUUAAAGAUAGUGGAUUAUUACAGAAGAUUGCUAGGGAUAGCAUGGCCAAGAACCUGGCUAAAAGACACAGCAGAUUGUCUACUGCUAUAAACCAACUGAUGUUAGUAGUUGCCGUGGAUUUGAAUGGACAGGGUGGAGAGGGAGCUGGUGAUGAACUUAGUGUUGAAAUAUGCUCUGAUGAUGAUGAGCAAUUGAGAAUUUAGCAGGAACUAAUUGUCAAGCUAUAACAUUUCUUGAAAAACUGUAGAAAUUCUUCAGUCACGUUUUAAGACCAAAUUCUGGAGUGUCAGUGGGAAUGUAGCUUCGUUAUCCAAAACUGGCUGUAAUACACUACAUCAGAGUCAUAUAUUUGGUAAUAUAAAGUAGGCCAGUUUCAAUAAGCGAUUAUAUUUGUUGGAAAAGGUUGAUAGUGCUAUGCAAUAUUAUAUCAUCCAAGUUUUUAUUGCAUCGUGCAGUUAAUAUUUAUUUUUAACUAAAAUUCUACCCAAAAACCUCUUACACUUAGUUCAUUAUGAAGAUUUUUUCAGUAAUCCUUGUCCUCUUUUCUGAUUAACUUAGGUCUAAUAGCAAGGCCAAUGCCAGGGGUGAUAAUUAACAGUGACUCUGAUGGAGAUGGUGUCGAUGGCCUAAUUUUGGAUGAUGAAGAUACAUUUUCGUGCUUAGAUGACGAAGCAAUCCAUGAUGUUCUCUAACAUUAAUUUCACCAGAAACUUCAAUAAUAAUCCAAAAUAAGAUGUUUCAAUAAUUGUUUCUUGUACUGAGUAUUUUGUAGAAGGAAUGCUUCUAGUAAGUUUCUGGUGAUGGUUUGCUUUCUUGCUUAGGCAACUUUUCAGACUUUUGUUCAGUGUUUGACCGUUUUGAAGAUUUUUAUUAUUUGAUAUUUAGGUAUAUUUUUAUGUACUCUUAUUCGUGUAAAAGCAUGUUUAACGUCAAAACUUUGAAUGUAAAAACGUGUAAAAAAUGUUAAAUUUAUGUUUUUCCUCUGAUUAAACUUACCAAAUGGCAUUGUA